UCUAGACCACCAUAACAAACAACAUCAACAACAACAACAACAAUAGGAAGGACAGUGGAAAAAGGGGGAGGGGGAGGAGGGUAAUGACGGCCCUACCCUGCCAUAUCCAUCCCUUCCCUCCUGCCCUCUCCCACCCCCUCUACUCAAUACUGGCGCCAUAAUAGGGAAGGGAAGAGCCGCCUACAGGAAGCUACAUUGCCGGUCGGUGGAGUUAUAUGGGCGUGUAUCAGCAUUAUGCUUGUGGUAUGGCCUGCCCCACAGCUCCUGCCACCACCCCUGCCGGCCACCAGCCCACAUCCCCGCCCAAAACACCAUCACAAUCAAGAGGCUGUGCAUAGAAGAUGGGAGGUGUGGAGAAGAGAUGGUGAAGACGGUGACGUGUUCUAUAAGGAAAGGGGUGAUGGUGACAAUGAUGCGAUAAUGAGCAGGAAUGAUGAUAAAGGAAACAUGAACGAGAAAAUGAUGAAUAGUGAUGAAAAAAGUGAGAAUAAAAAUAGUAAGAGAGGAAAUGUAGUGAAUAACAUGAACAGGAAGGUGGAAAGGAGAAAAAUGAAGCAAAACAUCAAUAACAGCGAAGAUGAUGAUGAUUAUGACUUGACGAAAUUUAUGGAAGACACAGGAGGACAAUACAAUGUUACGCCACCCAAUGCACAACUCUUAGUCUACAACAGGAUACCCAAAUGUGCUUCCUCCACCAUGCAAACUGUCCUCAGAUGGUGUGCGCGGUGGCUUGGCUUUGAACACGUGUCCUCAGAAGUGUAUGACGAACGCCAGCUGAAACAAGAAGCAAGAAGAAGAUUUGUACAGAUGCUUACUGCCUUCAACACUGCCUCACCAUCAUCACCAUCAGCACUUUCAUCUUCCUCCUCCUCCUCCUCCUCCUCCUCCUUCAGUUACGAUCGACAUCUGUAUUAUAUUGAUUUUGUUGCAGAAGGGGCAGAGACACACCCAGUAUACAUCAAUGUGGUGAGGGAGCCAAUUGAGCGCUUUAUCUCCUCCUUCUACUAUGUGAGAAGCAAAGAAAGGCUGGCCAGGAUUGCAGCCAAGGGACACCUCAAAGUCAAGCCAUCCAGUUACUGGUUGAAUAGGACGGUGGAGCAGUGUGUGAUGAAUGGUGAGGCCGAGUGUUCCUUUGUCAACGGCACCAAGCAAGAGACUGUCAUCACCUACUUCUGUGGACACCAGGAAUUUUGCAAGACGGUGGGCAGCAGUGAGGCACUACAGAGGGCCAAGCAGGUGGUGGCCGAGAGGUACAGUGUGGUGGGGUUGGUGGGCCAUAUGGAGAUGUCACUACAACUCAUGCAGACUCUCGUACCGGGGUUCCUCAAGGGUGCUCUCGACUUCUACUUCAAUAUCAGGAAGAAGAAGGAGAAACUAAACAGGAACUCCCACAAGCCAGCCGUGCCCAGAGAAGUGCGCCAGGAACUCAGAAGAAGGAUGGGAAACGACAUUGACUUCUAUAACUUCCUGCGACAGAGGCUAUUCUUGCAAGCUCAGACAUUCCUUACCAAGUGACAGCCCUGUGUGAAGGGACUGCUGGCUCCUCUAGUCUUGAACAAGUGGUGUGGUGGUGGUGGUGGUGUUGUGAUAUGAUGUUUUGUGAUGUGGUGUGGUGUAGUGUUUAUUUGCUCAAGUUGUGUGUAUGUGUGUGUGAGUGUGUGUGUGUGUGUGUGUUAAAUGUUUCUAUGGUUAGUGAUAUGUAUAAAUGUUCUAAUCCUUU